CACGGCUUCAAUAUGGCGGCCCUCGGAAGUGAACAAACUAGAACUAUUUUCAUCAGUCUGAUGUUUUGUGGUCAAACAUACAUGAAGCAGAGAUGUGAGUGACAACUUGGCUAUAGCAUUCCGACCCAGCAUCUGUCAAGAUGUCUGCCUCAAGCACCACGCGAUCAACAAUAAGCUCACUGGACACUCCCUCAACAACCACAUCAGGAUCUGGGUCCAGUCAAGGACCUGUUCAGUCAGUGUCAAAGACAGAGUAUGUAGCACCAAAACCGAUCACAUCCAACAGUGCUGAGGAGGAGAUACUGAGAGAGAUAUGUGCUUGUAAUGGCCUCAACUACAGCAAGUUAUCAAGUGGUGAAGGAGAAAAUGCUUACAUUAUUGAAAUGUUUUUCUCCGGCUUCCCUAAAAUUGUUGGGUUACAAAACUUCCCAAACCUGCACACGCUGACAAUUAUGGGUCAAACUAUCACCAAGAUAGAUGGAUUGUCAGCUCUCACCAAACUGCAGGAACUGUGGCUGUGUGAAUGUCAGAUCAAGAAAAUUGAAAAUGUGGAAGUAUGCAAGCAAGUGAAGAAAUUGUACUUGUACGGGAACCAGAUCUCCCUGAUAGAAAAUGUCUCUCUGCUGUCACAGUUGGAAGUACUGUGGCUCAAUGACAACAACAUUACAAACAUAGAGAAUAUCUCUACACUCAUGAAACUGCGGGAGCUGAAUUUGGCUGAAAACAAGAUAGAAAAAAUAGGCAGAACACUUGAUGCCAACAUCAGAUUGGAAGAUCUCAACUUAUCUGGCAACAAGAUAUCAUCUCUAAAGGACUUGACCAACCUUGCACGGUUCCCUCAUCUGACCAGUGUGAGUCUGAAGGAUCCCCUCUAUGCUGCCUGUCCUGUGAGCCAGCUCUGUAACUACUCCAUUCAUGUGUUGUAUCAUCUACCAAACCUGCUGCAUCUCGACACAUACGACAUCACCGCUAAGCAGCUUAGUGAUCUGGCAGAAACUACGGUGACUAAGAAGAAGAUGUACUACAACAUGAGGCUGAAAGUCAUACGACGUAAUCUGACAGCUCUCGUCUCCAAGCUGGAGACACACAAGCGCCAUCUGUUGGAGGGACCUUACCAGAGAAUGAGAAAGAUCGUGUUUGCUGUGAAGGAGCUGGAGCGGGAGGUGCAGGAACUGCAGCAGUCAGGGGAGGACCUCAACAUGUGCAUCAGCGACACUGAGAGUGAAAAGGAUGCAAAGGAAUCCAAGAAAGUAGUGGAUCACAGCAAACAUCGGAAGCCUAUCAUGGAGAAGUAUGAUGCUCUGAAGAGAAGACUCAGGAAGCUGGAGAGGAAGUGCGAAGAGAUUGAGGGUUACUGUGAAGAGGCUGAGAGUCGCCUUCAAAGGAUGUCGGAUACAUUGAUCAGCCGAUUCAUGAUAGAAUUGGAAACAGGGGGAAAUGUUCGGUUUGAGGAAGGGUCAUCUGCUGACAUUUGGUUUAGUUCCUGCCAUGAUCUGGUGCUGUCAAGGUUUUGUGCAGCUGACUACAGAGAGCAGGGCAUUAUGGGUAUCAAACUGCAUCGCAUCAUUCGUGUCCACAAUCGGAUACUGCGAUCAAGAUUUGAUGAAAAACUGGCAAACUUGACUGACGAGAAGGAUAAUGAAUUCUACCCUCUCAGCAAGAACCCUACACACAAAAAGUUGCUGGAGUAUUUGUUCUGGAUGUGGGACCCUGAGAUAGCAGGAGGAUCUACUGAAAUGGCUCGUGUCCUGGAGGACGGAUUCCCUGAUGCAGACAUGUACCAGAAACUUGGUAGAGAUGGUGCUGUCCCCUUAAGUAACAGUUUAAGCCUGGCUGACCGCAGGCGCAUCAACUAUCUGAUGAAACAGUCUAAAGACAAGGAUGUUGCUGACUCCUGCCCCUAUAGAUAUGGUCAACUUGUGGUAGCCAAAGUUUACCUGGGGAAAAGUAUGUCUGCCAUGGAUGACAGAUCAAUAUCAAAAUCGGUAUAUCACAAGAUAGAUGCAAUAUUCAAACCAAGAAGGAAAGUUAUUCCAAAUGAAAAGAAAGAUGGUGAGAACAGUUCAUGUGAGUGCAGUGCCCGGCAGUGUGAGUGGUACAUCUUCGAUCAUGAACUCGUUCUUCCUGAAUACAUCAUAGAGUUUGAGUACAUCACACGGAGUAAAUGCAAGUCCCCAUUUGCUGGUCUGAGUGAUGAACUGCUGGAGAACAAGCCAGUCAAACUGGCAAACAUUGGGGGAAGGGAGGACAUCCACCCAGAAGAUGAUAAGGAAAUCUUCAACAUGGAGCCCACAAUCAAACAGAGACCAAGGCUAGUCACACUAAAUGAUGAACUCUUGCUGAAAAUAUCAAAGUGUGAUACUCUGGCCAAUAUCACAGUGCUAAACCUACAUGGAAAUGGGCUGACUAAACUCAAGCACCUGCAGUCUCUAUCAGCACUCAGGAAGCUCAUUGUCCCUUUUAAUGAGCUCACGAGACUAGAGGACCUAGCUCACAUGUCACUGGAAUACUUGGAUGCCAGCUUCAACAAGAUCAUAACACUUGAGGGUAUGAAGGGUCUGACACGGCUGAAGCAUCUGGACAUCAGCUGGAACCGACUGACCAACACAAGAGAGGAGCUGUCCAUCCUGCGCAAACACAUGUCGGGUCUGAAGACUCUUAAGAUGAGAUACAACUCAUGGCUUAAGCCUGAUGGAUUACGCCUGCGUGUGAUUGGAAGAUUGAAGGCCCUCACCCUGCUAGAUGACCAGCCUGUGACUGAGGAGGAGGCUACAGCUGCCCUGAGGGUAGCCGCAGGGUCUCGCAUCUCCCAGCUGUCCCUCCUCACCCAGUCCCGCAUUGACACCACCACACCACGCUCACUUAGUCUCAACACCACCGCACAGACCAUACUGCACAUGAGCAGACAGAAACCAGAGAAGUUCGGAGAGCAUGAUACAUCGUGGUAUCUGAAAGUGUCAACACUCAACCUGGAGGGUCAGCACAUCACCAAGCUGUCCAACCUCGACAGGCUGGAGAACCUGAAGUGGGCAUCUUUUAGUAACAAUGACCUGACAAAGAUAGAGGGUCUGGAUUCCUGUGUCAAUCUGGAAGAACUGUCACUAGAGAACAACUGUAUUGUGAAGGUAGAGGGCCUGGCCAAACUGACCAAACUGAAGCGGCUUAGUUUGGGCAACAACUACAUCAACACACUGGACAAUGCCGCCUUCAGCAACCUGACCCAUCUGUGUUAUGUAUCACUUGAGGACAACAGGCUUACCUCCCUUCUCGGCAUCCAGAGGGCAACGUGGCUGGUAGAGCUCUAUGUCGGCAACAACUUAAUCUCCAACAUUAGGGAAGUCUUUUGUCUUAAGAUGUUGCCAAGCCUAGUCAUCCUGGAUUUGUUUGGCAACCCAGUUGAGGUAGAGGUGGACCAUUAUCGUCUGUUUGUCAUCUUCCAUCUCAAAACUCUCAAAGCUCUUGAUGGAUGUGCAAUAGAAGCUUCAGAGGGGAAUCUUGCUAAGGACACAUUUGGUGGUCGAUUGACAGCUGACUUUGUUGCUGAGAAACUAGGUCAUUCCAAUUUCCAUGAAGUUCGGGAACUGGACCUACCAAAUUCCUCGAUCAGGACCGUGGACCUUGGUGCAGGGGAACAGUUUCUUAACCUCAGGAGUGUGAACUUGGAGCACAAUAACCUGACAUCGUUCACAGGGCUGGUCCAUCUUGUCAACUUGAGGGUGUUGUGCCUGAACCACAACCACAUCGAGUGUAUCCUGCCACGGUCAAAACCUGCCAACACCAAGCAGAAGUUUCCAGCCGGCAGCAUCCCCUCAAAGAACAUUGAGUUCUACACUGAAUCAUUUACACCUGUAUUGGAAUCUCUGGAGGUCCUACAUCUUGGAUACAAUUGUAUAAAAGACAUGGGAGCCCUCCAGCUUAGUCGUCUUCCAGCUCUGAAAGCACUCUUCUUACAGGGUAAUGAAAUCACAAAAGUUGAAGGUUUGGAUGGCUUGCAUGAUUUACGUGAGCUGGUCUUAGAUCGAAACAAAAUCAAGGGAGUAUCUGAGUUGGCAUUCAUCAAUCAGUGGAAUCUAGUGGAGCUUCACCUCGAAGAGAACAGAGUCCGUGACCUCUCCAACCUCAGCAGUCUGGAGAACCUACAGAGACUGUAUCUAGGGUCUAACAGAAUACAGGAUUUGUCUGAACUGGAGAAACUGGACUCUCUCUCAAACCUUGUGGAGAUUUCCAUAGUUAACAAUGUGAUAUCUCGGCGCCUGAUGCACCGACCAAUGCUGGUGUUCCGCAUGCCACAGCUAGUAGUUAUUGAUGGUCUCCCGGUUUCUGAUGAGGAACGUGCAAAGGCUGAGCUGUACUUUGCUGACCAGCAGGUCUACUUCCAGCCAACUGCAACAACAACCACCACAGUGGAGGCAACGCUUCCUGGUAUUGGUCAGUACAAGACCUCAGUUCCGGUGAAAGUGACCAAUGUCCAGUUGUCCUCCCCACCAAUGUGGAGUGGGGCAGUUUAUUACGAUGAGGCUACUGACUCAAAUGUACAAAGAGGUGGGGGUAGAAGACGGGGUGUACCAAAGAACGAUGUCGGCAAUGGUGGGGGCCGUACAGGGGGUAACAGCAUGGCCUACCAGCACCUCAGCAGUCAGCAGAACUAUGGCUACAACAACAGCAACAGGAACGGAGGCCAAUACUCCUAUCUCAAUAACCAGGUGCCCUACUCUGCUCAGAGCACAGCUGACUAUGUGGAGAGUCUGGCCAGAUUGAACAAUGUACGCAACAACAAGAGAUAACUAGAAAGGAAGCCAAGAUUAUGAAGUCCCACUACAGCUUUCACUGUUCAGGAAGUUUUUUUAGUUUACCAUAAUCAUGACUAAGUGAAUUCAGUCUUUCUUAUGGUGAAGGAGGUGUGUCACUUGUUGGGUUCAGGGACAAAUUAUUUUACUGUUUUCAUAUCUGAAAUAUGUAAUAGUAUGUUGUGAUUUAUCGAAACAUCCGUGAUAGCUCUCGAUAACACGAGAAAUGUUAAAUGAAAUGUUUGAAGUUGACAUAUAUGAAUUCUUUGUUACAUUUAUGUACUAUUGAUGAGAAGUUGAAGAACACAAAAUACUGUCAUAUUGCAGUAAUAGCUAUUUCAAGGCCUUGUAACAUGAAAGAAUGUGGUGUUCUUUAACUUCGUUUGAGUGGAAAUUUUCAGUUUCGCAAAGUGAGAAUUGUCAAAAUAUGGCUUAAGGUAACAGAAUUAAUUGUACAUUGAAAUCUAUUCACAUUGCCAAAAUAUCUGUGAUGACCUAUGCUGCCAGUAUUGUAGAUAUCUCCCUGGAACUAGCGUUCAGGAAGGGUAAAAUGAUUGUUACAACAUAUAUUGCCAUAUUUGAGUAUUAAGCACCAUGGUUCAUUGGUAUCUUUUAAGAUAAUACCAGUGCUUCAGCCAGGAUUUAACCCAGAUGUGCCAGUUGGCUCAUCACAUUUAGAAACGUGUGCCAGCAAUAUCUGAAAUUGUGGUCCCCGAAGUUUUACACAGAAAGAUGCAAGUGAUGGUUACCACCUCUUCCAUGGACUUACCAACAUACACAUCACAUGGCAGCGAUUGAUCAAUCAUUUUUCUGUUAACAGUUAUUUCAAAUACAUUGCUGAUGCCAUAUCUGUUCUCAGCUUCAAGAAGCAAAGGAUGAAAUUAUUUACCUCGGCAUUUCAGCAUUUUGAAACAUGGGUCCUGUUAAGUAUUUAAUCAAAGUUCUGUAGCAUUACGUCCCUAUAGUACUCUGCUUUUUUAAUGUGAUACUGCAGACAGAUGUUUACCAAUGCAUGUCUUCCUAACUUUAGCAACAAUUUCCCCAAAUGGUCCUGGCUGAUUCACUUUUACACAAAACAUCCUCUCCACCUGAAGAUUUUAUUGUGAUGUCAUAGGUUUGAUAUGCUUAAUUUGGUUCAGUCAAAACUCAGUGGAUAGGUUGUAUGCCUUGGGUGCUUAAUAUCAAAUAUGGCGUUUCCUGUAAGAAAUGAGUUCUCUAUUUAUGAAUAUUCCGUCCAGUGUGACUGGAUAUAAUUCUGUUGCCAGUUGUACGCCUGUGAUCUGUUGCUCAAACACUGUUCAUGUUUCAAAGAUGUAUUCUACCUGAAACAUUGUUUUAAGUAACAUUUUUAUUAUUAUUUUGUUGAUUUGUCCAUGAAUUGUGACUUUGUCCCUGUCCAUGAAUUGGGACUGCAUUUAGGACAUUGCUUGUAUUCAUCUUGGAACAUUAAAAUACAAAUUGCAUUAUAUUUCAUUCUCACAAUACUCAUAAUUGUCAAAUUUAUUAUAAUUUUACAUUUACCAUAAAUGGUUGAAGUGUGCAAUGGUUUUAAUUUUUUAAGUGAUACAUCAAACUUAAAUUCAAGUCAGAACAUGACAUUAUUUUGAAAUUAUUGUUUGUCUUCUUUCAGUUUCCUUCAUCUUUUAUCAUAGGUAAUGUUUUGAUUAUUGUUUUAGAAAGCCAUGUUCACCAAGUGGUGUUUAAUGAUCAUUGUUUCCUCAAUACAGCAUGUUAUAUUGUGUUGUGAAGGUGUUGAAUCAAGAAAGGUAUUAGGUCACAAGUCAUGUUUAUCAGUAUGUGUUAGAGACACUGAAAACAGCAUGCCCUGAAUGAAUAUUAUGACUAUC